CAGCACGCCCGAAGCAAGGGGGCUGAACAACAAUGGCGAGGCCUCGUCGCAAAAAAAUUAGGUUUCAAGCCAAAACACAUUGACAACUGGCGAAAGGGACUUCCUUCAGCCAAGAGUGCUUUAUUCAUCGUACUUUUCACUCCUUAUCUAUUGGACUCAACUUCCGGCGUCGCGACGUACUUCCGUGGACGUAUAGAAGAAAAGGUCUGUGGUCGCACAGUCAUGUGCCUCUUCGUUCCAGUCCGGAAACACACGAGCCAGGAUGUCACCAACUAUCAUUGGACCUUUCUAGAUGCCAUUCUGUCCGAUAAACACCGAUGGAUGUAGCCCGGGGAAGAUGCAUGCUGCAGAAAAUAAACCAGGGAAAACCCUGAACCGAAAGACAGAAGCCAAUACGAGGGAUGAGAAAGCCAAACAAUGGGAGAAAGUGCUGACACGUAGAAAUGUUACAAUGGCACCGACUUCCAGGUGUCUGAAUGACAGGUGCUAUGUGAUCAGAAAGCCUCUGUUCUCCAUCGAACAACCAUCCAUUUUAAAGAAGACCCAUCAAAAUAAGCACACACAGAAGGAGAAAUAUGCAUGUAUAGGUGACAAGAAAAUGGAUGAAGAUCAGCAUUCCACCAACACGAAUUACCAGACUAUGUCAGGAGAGGACCCAGUGAGCUACAGCUUCUGUCCCAGCAAUACCUCAGAUUAUUCAACCUUGAAAGCAGCGUGCGGCUCACCGCUGGCUAUCUCAGAGCUCAGAGGCUGCACUGAACACGAAGAACCUUACUCUUCUCCACCUAUUUUCCCUAGAAGAAGACCAAUUAAGUGCAGCUUCUCCAGCUCCUUCCUUGAGUUUCAGAAAAUGGAGCGUCCUCUAAUGCCGCAAAUGGCGUCUACUGGUCACAACCCCACCUACACACCACGCUCUAUGUCUUACUCCAACAGAGGCCACACAGAGCUCAAAAGACCUUCUUCAGAAGUGUGGUCAAGUAGACAAGAUAUGUCCUUAUAUGAAGCAAACUAUUGGGACUGUGCUAUCCCUAAGUCUGUUCACCCAAUCUCAAAUAGGCAGACUGCAGACUGGAAUCCAAACAGGGAGUACCAAGCCCUCCUCGACUACACCUACCCUCUCAGGCCUGGACAGGUGGACAGUGAGUGGGAUAACUUUGACUGCCACAGAGGUUCUCUCCAACAAACAGACCUGAACUUGCAGGAUUCUGGAAUUGAACUGGACAACUGUUGUAGCUUUACCAGCCUGUCUGGAUUGAACUUAAGCCCAAGCAGCAACAUACAAACAAAAAUGUUGGAGACGCUGAGUGGUGAUCAGAAAAUCAGUUCCUCAGAUCUGCACUCAUUUACGCAAUCUGCUGGGGUGUCUUUGGACAGUUUGGACUUUGGUACGAGCAAAGACGUAGUGAAUUGUCACCAGGAUGGAGGCCAGCUUCAAUAUUCACAACCCUCAUCCACCAGUGCUUUAAUCCGUACAAGUGUUCUUCCUCAGUCCAAAUGUGUUGGUGGGCACUGUUUGGACUUUGGUACAGGCAAAGACGUAGUGAAUUGUCACCAGGAUGGAGUCCAGCUUCAAUAUUCACAACCCUCAUCCUCCAGUGCUUUCAUCCGUACAACAAGUGUUCUUCCUCAGUCCAAAUGUGUUAGUGGGGACUUAGACAAUGAGUUCUGGUGUCUGCCAGAUCAGCUACAGGAGCCGCAGUUCCUCUCCAGACAGGUAAAGGACUUGACAGCCAGGCUUGGUGUUCCUGUCACAGCCAGCUGGGGGUCUUUGCAGUCAGACACAGCUUCCAUCUUCAACACAUUAAAGCUACCUGUGAAGAAUUCGGUCAAAGAGGUAGAAGAAAGCAAUAAGAAUGUGAACGUAGAUGAAAGGAGUGUGACUGAAUCAGUGAGAAGUUCCAGGCCGUGGAUAGAGUCUGAUGGAGGAGGACUGACCCACGGCAGUAUCCAGGAUGUGGAAAACUUGGUAGAGCAACUGUGUGGUCUCACUCUGAGUGACACUCAGAGGACCAUGCUGGUGGAACAGGACCAUAAUCCUUCUUUAAUACAACAGAUAUAUAUCUUCUCCUCGCUCUUAGAGCAGCAUGUCUGCUGGCUCUACAUGCUUUCUGACAAGAUGGACGUGUUGGCUGCACCCACUGACGACGUGAAGAGGUUACUUGCUGAAUACCAGCAAGAGGUGAGCAUUCAUCAGCCGCUGAUAUCUCGUGUUCUGCACACAGGUGAGCAGCUCCUCAGCUCCAUGGAGGCCACCUAUCCAGUUUUAGGAAACACUUUGAUGUUAAUCCAGAAGCAUUUUGGAGCCUUGAAGGACCAAAUUGAACUUUUUUUACCCUCCAAGCGAUCCAACAAGGACGAUCUGACUCAACGCAGCGAUACAGCCUAGCGGCACCAACGCAACAAUACACGGCGCUCUUCAGGGAUUCCCCUACUUUUUCAAAACAUACAAAGUCAACAAAAAAGAAGCACUUAGUCUGUGUAGAGGAAGUAAGCAGAUGAUGGAAAACAACUGUAGGAUGAAGAAGAAGAUAAUUUUGUGUCUAUUCCUGCACACACAAAUUAAGUAGCUCGAACAAAGAUGGUGUAAAAGUGGCAAACCGGUCUCAUUGCCUUUGAAAAGAUCAGAUUCCAAAUGGAUUUAGACUACCUCCUGAUGUGGUCCAAAUCUCGUGCUAGAAUAUCAGAUUUGAAGCACUAUCGAGUAGCUUAUCUGUUUCACCUGAGGGCAAGAACUCUGAUUUGUGUAAACCGAGCCAGUGUUGCUGAUACCAGCAUUGAUACUUUUACUUGACAUUUUUCAAGAUCCUUAUUCAUUUUGUAAUUUUGCCUGAAAUGUGUCAAUUAUGAGGCACACAAAAUUGUUUGUAUGAACAAAAUACUGUCACGGAUAAACAGCAAAUCCAUAUAAAUAUUUGUUACAAUUUCAAGACUUUAUAUACUCCAAUAAUCCUUUUUUUUUUGUUAUUGUUUACUUGUGAAAAAGGAAGGUGACAAGCUAAUUAUUUAGCCUUUAGCCUUGUCGUCAAGCUAGCAAUACAACCGCGCUUCCAUCUGUUGUGGCUCCGCCUCCCUUUCUUCUAAAGCCGCGAGGUCGUCCUGCUCGCUUGUCUUUAAUGUUGCGUUAACAUACUUGCUUGCCUUACAUUUACAAUAAUUCAUUAACUUGUUACCUUGCUAAAAGUUUUGAUGAUUUUAACAAAGUUGAACAUAGCCACUCAAGGCGCCGCCAUCUUGCACCUAUGUCACAUUGCAACGUACAAAAAUAUGCUGCGCUAUUAUGCUGUUCCUUUAAUACCUUAUUAUCACGUAUUCAUACAUUACCGACCUGUGGUGAAUAAAAUGUUUUCUACAAAAAAGGCCUAUUUUCUGAGAAAAAGGGCACCAACUGGCAGGAUUUCCUACAAAUAAAAUUGUUGACCAGAAAUUAUGAUUUUUUUUUUGACAAUGCAGUGAUUUCCGGAACUUCUAGGGCAGAGAAAUUUAACAGGUGGUCCGCAGAAGUAUUCUAGGGGGUUUGUGAUAUUUUUAGUGGAUUGGACUUUUUUUCCAAUAUAUAUUUUUAUAUUCCCCGUGAUUUUUCCACAAAUGUAAAUGUAUUUAUAUACACAUUAACAUUGAUCCAACACACUGUAGUGUAGUUUAUAAAUGGCAGUGACAUAGCCAAUGUACAUUGCAGCUAAAAUGAGUGAAUAAUUAACAAUAUUAUUAUAUUCAAGUCAUCAUUUCAAACAGAUAACGACGGACCAGAAAUUGCUCCAUAUUCUCUUCUGCUUGUCAGUGUUACCAUAUCUGAGUUAUUGUGUAGAAAUAUGGGGAAAUGACUACAAAAGUACACUUAUUCACUGAGCAUCUUACAAAAAAUAAAGAUCAGUUAGAAUAAUACAUAAUGAGUGAUACAUACAGUGAUUAGAAAUACAUUGGAGGCAGUAACCCCGGUUGACAUACAAACCCCGUUUCCAUAUGAGUUGGGAAAUUGUGUUAGACGUAAAUAUAAACGGAAUACAAUGAUUUGCAAAUCCUUUUCAACCCAUAUUCAAUUGAAAGCACUAC